AUGGAAACUCAAUUGUAUACUGGUUGCAUCUUUUCUUCCCUUGAGUUUCUAGCAAAGUUAAUGCAUAUUAAGGUGAACAACAAAUGGACUGAUAGUUCAUUUGAUCAACUCCUUGAGCUCUUGCAAUUAGCAUUUCCCAAAGGCAACAAGGUUCCCCUUUCACAUUAUCUAGCCAAAAAGAAACUAAAGUCUAUUGGCCUGGGGUAUGAGUCGAUACAUGUGUGCAAAAACGAUUGUUGUCUCUUUUGGAAAGAACAUGAUUCAUUGCAAGUUUGUCCCGUUUGUAAAGAGAGCCGAUGGAUCGAUAAAAACACCAAGGGUAAGAAAGUACCUCAUAAGGUGUUACGCUACUUUGCUGUGACCCCUAGACUACGAUGUUUAUAUUGUUCGAGGCACACUGCCAAAAAUAUGAUUUGGCAUAGUACCAGACGUUCAGAAGAUGGUGUGAUGAUUCAUCCUGUUGAUGGGGAACAUUGGCAAGAUUUUGAUAAAAAAUACCCCGACUUCUCGAGUGAACCCUGUAACGUACGCCUAGGUCUUUCAGCUGACGGUUUCAAUCCAUUUGGAAACAUGUGUAAUCCACAUAGCACAUGGCCGGUCAUACUCACCACAUACAAUCUGCCACCCUGGCUUUGUAUGAAAGAGUCAUCAUUCAUGUUGACUUUGUUGAUUCCAGGACCGAAAGCUCCAGGUAAGGAUAUGGAUGUUUUCCUUAGACCAUUGGUGGAAGAGCUUAAACAUUUGUGGAACUCAGGCGUACGUAUUAAAGAUGCGGCGACAAACACAUUCUUCACGAUGAGAGCUAUGUUGUUGUGGACAAUAAACGAUUGGCCAGCUCGUAGUAGUUUAUCAGGUUGGAGUGGGCAAGGGUAUAGAGCAUGUGCUACUUGCAAUGAAGACACUCCUUCGUACCGUGCAACAAACAAAGUCGUAUAUAUCGGUCAUCGUCGUUUCCUGGAUGCUAAUGAUCCGUUAAGAAAGAGGUUGGACUUUAACGGGAUGGAAGAGACAAGACCCGCUCCGAGACACUUUAGUAAUAUUGACAUACAAGAGCAACUAGGUCGUCUACUAACUCGUAAACCGGGUAAACAUCCUGAGCAUGGAGGCGGGGAGCCAAAGAGGCAAGAUUAUGAGUUGAACUGGUCGAAACGAAGCAUUUUCUUCGAACUCGAGUAUCGGUCUUCUCUACAGUUGAAACACAACAUAGAUGUCAUGCAUGUCCAGAAAAAUGUGGACGAGAGUUUGUUAGGUACUCUCCUAAUGAACGAUAAAAGCAAAGACACAUCAAAUGCACGAGAGGACUUGAGAAUUCUAAACAUUCGGAGAAAUGAAUGGUUGCAAAAAAAUGGUGACAAGUUUCGUAGACCCCAGGCAAGAUACUCUUUCACGAAAUCUAGUCGACAACUCUUUUGUCAAUUUAUAAAAGAGGUUAAACUGCCGGAUGGGUUUGGUUCUAACAUUAGUAAGAAAGUGAACGAUACCAAUACUAACAUUAUUGGGUUGAAAUCGCAUGACCACCACAUUCUUAUGCAACGUUUGAUACCGAUUGGAGUAAGAGGGUUGUUAGACAAAGAUACUUAUACACCUAUUGUAGACCUUUGUACGUUUUUCAAGCAACUUUGUUCCAGAACAUUGAAGGUGGAGGAUAUGAGGAAAGCAAAAGUAGACAUUAUUGCAAUCUUGUGCAAGUUAGAAUUGAUUUAUCCUCCGGCGUUUUUUGACAUUAUGGUUCAUUUACUUUUGCAUUUACCUGAUGAAGCAAUGGCUGGAGGCCCGGUUUGUAUGAGAUGGAUGUUUCCAUUCGAGAGAUAUAUGAAAAAACUAAAAAACUAUGUCAGAAACAAGGCGAAGCCAAAAGGUUCUAUAGCUGAGGGUUAUGUUGCUGAAUAA